AGAGCCACCCAGAGAGGAUGGCGCUGCUGCUGCUGGGCCUGGGGCUGACCCUCGCCUGCGCCCAGGACUUCAACCCCCGGGCUGUUGUGCAGAGAGACUACAACAUGCUCUGCCGUGAGCCCAGCCCAGCCACUCACAGGGUGCAGGGGGAGUGCGUGGCCGUGGCCGUGGUCUGCGAGAAGACAGAGAAGAAUGGGCAGUACUCCAUCGUCUAUGAGGGGCAGAACAGGCUCCUGGUGUCGGAGACCGACUACGGGCUGUACGUCACCUUCUACCUCCACAACGUGCACAACGGGACCCAGACGCGGGUGCUGGCCCUCUACGGGCGGAUCCCACAGCUGAGCCCCAUGUUCCUGAGUAGAUUCGAAAGAACCUGCAAAAAAUACGGACUUGGUUCAGAAAAUAUUAUCGACUUGACCAACCAAGAUCACUGCUACUCCAGGAAGUAGAGGGGCCGGCCAUGUUGGAGGCGUUACCCUCUGGCGGCUGGAGAUCCAGGCGUCCCGGCCUCACCUCCCUCAAGGCUCUGGAGUGGGUCCUUCUUGCUGUCCUCGUCUAGCGUCUGGGGCUGAGGCCACGUCACUCCCUUGCUGCCUCCCUGGUCUCACACUGUCGUCCCCUCUCCCGUCUCCUUGUAGGACACUUGCCAUCAGACUGGGGCCCCCUCAGCAUACCCAGAAGGCCUCCCCAUCUUGCACCCCUUGUUCUAAUCACAUCUGCCCACCACUUUCCACUGGUCCCCCCGCAGGGCCUCUGGCCACAGUCCCCUCCAGGCCCGGGCCGUGGCCCGCAAGGUCCCCUCCAGAGCCCGAGAGUCGCCCAUCUGGGGAGUGGGCCCCUUGGGGCGCAUCUGCCGAGGGUCUUCAUGGCUCAAGGUCGGGGUGAUGCUGCUCCCCACUCCCUGCCGGGGUCACGAAGCACUCGGACUGGGCGAGCCCCGAGUUCCGGGGCUAUAAUGGAGCAGAAGCACAGCCGUGGCCCCUGUGAGGGUCAGACGGUGUCCUCUGGGCAUUUACUGGGGAGAGAGACGCGUACUCCCAGCCAGCCUCUGCAGUCACGGCUGCAGCUGGGACUGUCCACACCGCGGGCGGCCUGGGCGGAGCCCAAGGGGAGCAGUGGAGGGAAAAAGCCCAGAAAGGUCUAUAGUGCGGUUCCAUCCUUGCGAGGGGCUGGUGGCCCCCACGGCCCAGGAGCGAGCAGGUGGACAAGCACACGCAUGUCCACCACACUCGCCCGCACGUGCGCUCACUCACAGGGGCACGCCCACCCUGUGCUGCCUGGCCGGGGCGGGUGGGUGUUCUUGCCCGCGUUCCCCCACACGAGCGGGAGAGCCUCACCCUCUCACAGUAAAGUGUGGAAAG